CCACGUACUCGGAAGUAAACAAAACGCACACUAGGAUGGCCGAUAUGGCUGUAGCUAACGUAUCUUAUACUUGUCACUUGUAAAGCAAGCUGAUUUAACAGAUCUACCUGUUAACUAGCGGUUUAUAUAACGGGGUUUCAUAUUUAAAAGUGUCACACGGUGUAAAAAAAGACAAUUUUCUUCUUUAACGACAAACCUCGGCGGCAGAAUGAGCAAUAUUUACAUCCAGGAACCACCAUCAAAUGGAAAGGUCCUGUUGAAGACUUCAGCAGGAGACAUUGACAUUGAGUUGUGGUCCAAAGAGGCUCCUAAAGCAUGCAGGAACUUUGUGCAACUGUGCAUGGAAGGUUACUAUGACGGCACAGUGUUUCACCGAGUGGUGCGUGAAUUCAUCGUCCAGGGGGGGGAUCCCACUGGAACAGGGACUGGUGGAGAGUCCAUCUAUGGUCGGCCAUUCAAGGAUGAAUUUCACUCCAGACUGCGCUUCAAUCGGAGAGGUUUGGUUGCCAUGGCAAACGCUGGCCCACAUGAUAAUGGAAGUCAGUUUUUCUUCACCUUGGGACGUGCAGACGAGCUCAACAAUAAACACACCAUAUUCGGCAAGGUCACAGGAGACACAGUCUAUAAUAUGCUCAGAUUGGCAGACGUUGAAUGUGACGACGAGGAAAGACCUCUGAAUCCCCACAAAAUAAAAACUGCAGAGGUGCUUCACUCUCCCUUUGAUGACAUCAUACCCCGUGAAACAAAGAAAGCCAAAAAGGAGAAAGAUAAAGAGGAGGGAAAGAAAUCCCAGUCAAAAGCCACAAAGAACUUCAGUCUGUUAUCAUUCGGGGAGGAAGCGGAAGAGGAAGAGGAGAUGGUGAAUCAAGUGAGCCAGACACUAAAGGGAAAAAGCAAAAGCAGCCAUGACCUUCUGAAAAAUGAUCCCAGACUGAGCUCUGUUCCAGCGGUUGAUAAAAAAAAAAAGAAGGGGACACCAGGCGAUACAGCGAAGACAGACGAUGCGAGCGAUGAUGACGUUGAAGGUGACAUGGAUGCAGAGGAAGAGUAUGACUCAGAUGAGAAAGAGAGGAUGAAAGCUCUCAUCAGUAACAAACUAAAGAGAGACAAAGGUGCAGGGAAAACCACCGAUCCCGGUGAAGAGGAGCGAGAGAAGAAGACCAGCCGCAGUGAUGAAUUACGGAAAGAGGCGCGGCAGCUGAAGAAGGAACUGCAGGCCAUAAAGCAAAGGAAGGAAGAAAGUUCCAAACCUGAAGUAGAUGAAGCCAAGGAGGUGGAUGAAAAGCCAGCCAAUGAGGCGGUGGCUGAGUAUCUGGAGGGACGAAAGAAGUACGAAGAGAAGAGGAAACAAAAACUAAAGAAAGGCUCCAGCAGAGAACAGCAGACACUGGAACUCCUCAAUCGUUUCAAGUCCAAGCUGUCGUCGGCCAUCACCGAGGAGGCUCCCGAGGACGCCGUGGAGGAGCUGGCAGAGGACGACGACAAAGGAUGGAUGGCCCAUGUUCUGCAGUUUGAUGAGCAAACCAGAAAAGUCAAGGAUGCCGCCAUGCAGGACGAGGACACGUUUGAGAUCUACGACCCACGCAACCCCGUCAAUAAACGGAGGAGGGAGGAGAGCAAGAAGAUCAUGAAGGAGAAGAAGGCCAAGGUAAGGUCGUAGGUCGGGGUCCUGCCCAAGCCCUGAGGAACUCCUCACCAUCCGGCCUGUCCACUUCACACCCCACGUUGUUGAACUGUGUCCUGGCUCCACCAUCUGGAUUGAGGAUGCUGAUCUGAGCAUUAACGAUCCCUGUAAUGUGUGAUGGAAAGGCUUCUUCACUUAGGACAGCUCCAGCCGGACCACGCUCAGUCACUCAGACAGCUGUGGUCCGAGUGAUGAUUAAGGUCAUGAUUUGAUUAUGUGUAAUGUGACGCUUCUUUGCCAUACUUCUUCUGUUUAUGUUAUGUAACAUUUUAAAUGUGAACAUUUAGAAUAAAUAAAUAGCAU